AUGACGUCAAAGCAGGUGGGAAGGUGCCAGGGGAUCUACGCGUUGGAGGGGCAGCAGGUUCUGGCGCUGUUGAUGGCCAUGAACGUAGUGUUCACGGAUGGGAGGUAUAACGGCAGCACCCUCAGCAUCAUGGGCCGGAACCCGGUGCUUGGCAAGGUGAGGGAGAUACCGGUUAUCAGCGGCACCGGCGCCUUCCGGAUGGCCCGCGGCUAUGCCAUAAUCAGGACGCUUUGGGUCGACAGCAAAACCCGCGAUGCCACCGUGCAGUACGAUGUGGUCGUAGUGCACCGGUGUGUCCCCAUACCCAUGUAUGGUUACAUUGCCAUACUGGUAGUCCACUGUUUCCCAGUUGAUGAUUCAAGAGUUGUUCUUGACUCAAGUAACGAUAACAAGUUGAUGGGAAAUGGAUAUAUCAAUGCAAGCUUCAUCAGGCCUGCAUCUGGUGGGAACCUUUCUUGCUUUAUAGCUACACAAGGUCCUUUACCAGAAACUGUUGAGGAUUUCUGGGAAAUGGUGGUGAAGUGUGGUGACUAUUUCCAUCCUGAGGAAGGUUCUAGGCAAUUUGGGAAGAUUUGUGUCACCACAAAGCAUAUGAAGAUAUGUGUUACUUCCUUAGUGUUGCGCUACAUGGAGGUCAAUAAUCAAGAGUCAAAUGCUGCGCCGCUUCCUGUACUGUAUUUGCAGUAUCCUCAUUGGCCUAAUCAUGGAGAGCCUGUUGAUACUCGAGCUGUUCGUUAUCAUCUUCCUGGAGAGCUGGGUCCUUUGGUUGUGCAUUGCAGGAAGGACCGUGCAUUUUGUACCAUCCUUCACACAAUCCAACUGACUGGUUACAUGUCAGCCGUUGAUCUUGACAAAACAAUCAUUGGGUUCAGAUCACAGCGAAUUGGAAUGGUCCAGACAAAGGUAAAAGCUUACGUGAACUAUUCUUUUCUCAGUGUGUUCUCCGAGUUGUUUGUGAGAGGUGCAUACUUGAGUUUCAUCCUGGUUUAUAUCCUCUCGGACAAGCUAUAG